GCCAGCAUUUGUAACAAAACAGCUCUUAAAAGCAAUGUCUGCUUUGGGCGAAGCAGUGUUUUUAUGCCUGUUUUCGACGAUUUUACAACAAGUUUGCUCGCUGGAUAAUGGCCUCGCAGUAACUCCACCAAUGGGAUGGAUGUCGUGGGAGAGAUUUCGCUGUGUUACAGAUUGCGAGAAGGAUCCUAGAAACUGCAUCAGUGAAAGACUUUACAUGGAAAUGGCAGAUGCAAUGUAUUUUGGUGGAUAUAGCACUGUUGGCUACAAGUAUAUCUGCAUUGAUGAUUGCUGGACCGAUAUGAGUCGAACAAAAGAUGGUCGGCUGCGGGCGGAUCCAAAACGUUUCCCAAACGGAAUUAAAAAGCUAGCAGAUUACGUUCAUGCAAGGGGUCUUAAGUUGGGAAUCUAUGCAGAUUAUGGAACCAAGACAUGCGCAGGGUACCCAGGGAGCAUCCAUCAUAUAAAGAAAGAUGCACAGACAUUUGCAGAUUGGGGAGUGGAUUACCUCAAGCUGGAUGGUUGUUAUGCAAACCCCAAAAAGAUGGACAAAGGAUACCCAAAGUUUGCCAAGGCACUGAAUAAGACAGGCCGCCCCAUAGUGUUUUCAUGCAGUUGGCCUGCGUACCAAGUCUUCACGGGCAUAAAACCCAACUACAAGAAGAUCGCGAAAUAUUGCAAUUUAUGGAGAAAUUAUGGUGAUAUACAGGAUUCAUUCCAGAGCUUGGUGAACAUUUUAAGUUGGUAUGGAGACAAUCAGGAUGACAUGAUACCAGUGGCAGGUAGCGGACACUGGAACGACCCUGAUAUGCUAAUAAUUGGAAACUUUGGUCUGAGUCAUGAACAGUCCAAGCUACAGUUUGCUCUUUGGGCCAUAUUGGCAUCUCCUUUGCUCAUGUCAAACGAUUUACGGGACAUUGAUGCCAGAUCCAGAGAAAUUCUUCUGAACACAGAAAUAAUCGCCGUAAACCAAGACAAGCUCGGAAAACAAGGAAAGCGAGUGAUUAAGAACAAAGAAACAUUUACAGAGGUAUGGGCGCGCCCCUUGUCAGACUGCGGAAGCGUAGCUGUGGUGCUGCUUAGCCUGAGAUCAGAUCUACCGUCCGAUGUGGAAGCCCCGUUCUCAGACGUUGGAAUUUCAACAAAAAGUGCCUGCGCACGUGAUCUAUUCUCUCAUCAGCAGCUAGGAAUGUAUAAUGAAACAUUCAUAGCCAGAGUGAACCCCAGUGGAGUGGUCAUGAUGAAGCUGACACCGAUCUGUGAAGAGGAAAAAAAUAUAGUCAAAAAGAGAAAAGGAAAAGGAAAAGAAAAACAUAAGAAGAGUUGCUGCUUGACCAUGAGAAACCCUGAACUGAAAAUGGCGGAUAGUAACUGGGCUUUUGCGGCCGUAACUCUGGUUAUUUUAGUACCCUUCUUUAACAAGUAUGCAGUUGUUGGAUUGAAUAAUGGCUUAGCACUUACACCACCAAUGGGAUGGAUGGAUUGGGAAAGAUUUAGAUGCAACAUCGAUUGCAACAAGGAUCCAGAAAACUGCAUAAGUGAACAUCUGAUCAAGCAGAUGGCUGAUCGUCUUGCUGAAGAUGGUUAUCGAGAUGCUGGAUAUGAUUAUGUUAGCAUUGAUGACUGUUGGUCAAACAAAGAGCGUGAUUCUUCUGGAAAUCUUCAGCCUAACAGUACAAGAUUUCCAAGUGGGAUGAAAGCUUUGGCAGAAUAUUUACAUAGCAAAAGACUGAAACUUGGAAUGUAUGCUGAUUAUGGCAUCUUAACAUGUGCUGGUUACCCUGGAAGUAUUGAUCACAUUGAACAAGAUGCACAAACAUUUGCAAGUUGGGAAGUGGAUUAUCUCAAAGUGGAUGGUUGUUAUGCAGACCCUGCUCUGUUUGAUGUUGGCUACCCAAAAUUUACUCAAGCUCUAAAUGCAACAGGACGCCCAAUAUUACUGAGCUGUGAAUGGCCUGAUUACCAAUCCAAAAUUGGAAUAAAGCCUGACUAUGCUGCUAUUGCUAGAAACUGCAACACCUGGAGAAAUUACCAAGAUGUACAGGACUCGUGGAAUAGUGUUCUAGGAAUUUUGGAUCAUUUUGCGGAGAACCAAGACACGUUCGUUCCAGCAGCGGGACCUGGGCACUGGAAUGACCCAGACAUGCUUGUCAUUGGUAAUUUUGGGCUGAACUACGAACAAUCUAAAGCACAGUUUGCACUUUGGUCAAUCCUAGCUGCACCACUUAUCAUGUCAAAUGAUUUAAGGAACAUCUCAAAGGAGGCCAAAGACAUUCUUCUAAACAGAGAAGUAAUUGCUGUUGAUCAAGACAAGCUGGGAAAAAUGGGGAGAAGAGUGUUCGCUGAAAAAGAUGUAGAAGUUUGGUCACGUGCUUUGUUUAAUGGCAGUGUGGCUGCCGUGCUGUUUAAUCGCAACCGAGACUCAGCACAGGAAAUCAAAGCUGAUUUUGAAUUGAUUGGAUUGACAUCGAAGACAGCCUCUGCCAGAGACUUGUUUGCUGGUAAAGACUUGGGUCAGUUUACCAAUUUCGUUAGUGCCAAAGUAAAUCCCACAGGGGUGGUCAUGGUAAAGUUGUCACCGAUUAAAGACGCCUUAUUUUGACUCAUAAGGUUUUUUAACGCAUAGGGAUUGGAAAUUAUUCAUUGAUUUUUAUUUGAUUAUAUCUGGCCACAAUUUGUAAGUGGAAGUUCAAUAAUGCAAUUUGAGCCAAGUUGGCCAACUGUUUCGAAUAGGGAAGACGCUAUCCUGAAGAAACACCUAGAAAGUUUGCUUUUAUAACAAUAGAUAAUUGUUUGAUUAUAAUCUUCCGUAACAGACCGAACGUUUGAGGAGUGGUGAAGAAUUACGUAAGCAUAUUUUGGAAGUGACACGGUUACUGACAACCAUGCAAUAAUUUCAGUUUUUCGAUAAUGAAAGGAACCAUUGAAAUUAUAUUUUGAGCUUUAUUAAUCAAUUUCACCUGGUUAGUGUGGCAUAAGUGUGAGAAUGGAAAAGAUUAAUUCCCCUUUCACUGAUCAGCCUGUUGACUAAAUUCAAAUUUAAGAGUGCCCAAGGGAUUUUAUUCGCUUUGCGAAAACGGAAAAUGAACUGCAUCGUGUGCUCCAUCAGCUAACACUGAUUAGCAAACUGUUCAUUUUGGCUUGGCUUACAUAUUCUUAAUAGAAAAAAAAUUCUUCUAGCUUGUACACACUUGUCCUUAGAGAGAAGAACCUAAAUUUUCUAGUACUUCUGGAAACCUUUCCAUGAGAAUCAUCAUUAGUUUAUCUAUGUAGAUCUUCAUUGAACGAUUCUCGUCAGCCAAAUCUGAAAUAAAAAAGAAGAGAGAACUUUACCAAUUUAUGUUCCAGCUCAUACUUAACAAAAUUUUCUUUGAAUUGAAACAACUGCAGUAGUUGAAGGAGUUCAAUUCCUAAUUUUAUCGUAAGUGGAAACAUCACCGAUUACAAUGAUUAAUUGAAGAGAAUAAACUUACCAUCUAUCACC